UCCCGUAGUCCGCCCUCCGCUCCCGCAGCCGAGCAGGAGGGAGGAAGGAGCGGGCGGCGGCGGCGGCGUCCCCGGGCUCCCCUCGGCCGCCUCGGCGGAGAUGGCGGCGCAGAAGAUCAACGAGGGGCUGGAGCACAUCGCCAAAGCGGAGAAAUACCUGAAGACGGGUUUUUUAAAAUGGAAGCCCGACUACGAUAGUGCAGCUACCGAAUAUGGGAAAGCAGCUGUCGCUUUUAAAAAUGCCAAGCAGUUUGAGCAAGCCAAAGAUGCCUGUCUGCGAGAAGCUGCCGCCCAUGAGAAUAACAGAGCUCUUUUCCAUGCUGCCAAAGCUUACGAACAAGCUGGCAUGAUGCUGAAGGAGAUGCAGAAGCUCCCUGAAGCGGUUCAUCUGAUCGAGAAGGCCAGCAUGAUGUAUCUGGAGAACGGGACUCCUGACACAGCAGCGAUGGCUCUGGAAAGGGCAGGAAAGCUGAUAGAAAACGUCAAUCCAGAAAAGGCGGUUCAGCUUUAUCAACAGACAGCAAAUGUGUUUGAAAAUGAAGAACGCUUGCGGCAGGCAGUAGAAUUGUUAGGGAAAGCAUCCAGACUCUUGGUGAGAGUUCGCAGGUUUGACGAGGCUGCGUUGUCGAUUCAAAAAGAAAAGAAUAUUUACAAGGAAAUUGAGAAUUACCCAACGUGUUACAAGAAAACUAUUGCUCAAGUCCUAGUUCAUCUACACCGGAAUGACUAUGUCGCUGCGGAAAGAUGUGUCAGAGAGAGCUAUAGUAUCCCAGGAUUCAAUGGAAGUGAAGACUGCACAGCCCUGGAACAGCUCCUUGAAGGGUACGACCAGCAAGACCAAGAUCAAGUUUCUGAUGUCUGCAAUUCUCCCCUUUUCAAGUACAUGGACAAUGAUUAUGCCAAGCUGGGCCUGAGUUUGGUGGUCCCCGGGGGUGGAAUCAAGAAGAAGUCACCAGCAGUGACACAGGACAAGGGUGAAGGUACAACUGCACCGUCCGGGGCCCACGCGGAGGAGGAGGAGGAUGAAUAUUCCGGAGGACUGUGCUAGUCGGCCACCUGUAUGCUUGGCUCAGAAUAAGACAGACGUGCUACGUUGUGGACGUCGUGCUCACUUGGAAGUCCGAGAAUUCCCAGCACUUCAUUGCAGUCAUGAAAUUGGAAUCCAUAGCAAGCUUUUGAGGCCUUCCUCCCGGCCCGCCCUCCCUCCCCCCGGAAAAAAAGCAACGCCCGUACCCAAUCUUCUGGGAAACGUUUAGGAGUUAAUCGUUUCCAAGGUAAGAGCUGAUCCGGGGCCCCAGCCACCAUCGACAGUAAACUGUGUUUUGUUCAUUUGUCCGUCACCUGAUUCAUUUAAAAUGACAACAGACCCGUUUCGGAGCUGGGUCCCGAAGCUGAUGAUGGAGGAGAAUAAGGUUCCGUAACACAUUUAAAUGGAUAUUUUACUUGGCUUUUGGACUCUUAUCAAAGAAUAUUAUUUUCUUAUUGACAGCUGCUAAUGACAAUUAAGGGAUAUGAUUCCGGGUAGAGAGGUGGUUAAAUUUUUUGUCGUUGGGCUUUUUUUUGGCAUUUUGGGUUUUUUUUAAAGAGCAAAUCUGUUCCCCCCCACUAAGAUAAAUUUAUGUGGCCAAGUUCUAUCUUGUGCCCUCGGGAUAUUUUUUUUACCCUAUUGAACUAUGUAUUCUAAGUGUCUUUCAAGUGUGUUGGCAAACUGGUCUGAAGUGAUCCUGCCAAACCUCGCAGGCUAGGCUUGUGCUUGCAUACUGUCUGACUAAUGCAGCCUCCAUUUGCCCUUUAGACUCAAUUAUCUGGAUAUCCUGUCUGUCUGAAAUAUCGGGGUCCAUGAGACCGAGUGUGUUUGGGGAAUGAAAUUGUUGGGAUAGUUCGGCUAGUGUAGACCCUCCCUUGGACAUCGAUCAUCUUAAGAAAGACCAGUUAAGUGAUUCUUUCCUAGCCCCGCUGGGUCUUGAGUUAAUAGGACCCACUUGUUCCACACUUCUUGAUAACCUAUUUCAAUUGCACUUUCUCAGAUGGAGGAGACUCAGAGUAAAACUCAGAGCCACCCAUACCUCCUUACGCCCGCCAAAGAAAUGUAAAAAUACCGACCCUGGUAGAAAUCUUACCUAUAUUAAAACCUGCUGCUUAGAAGCCUCGGCAAAGUGGAAAAUCAGCAUGAUUCUAUAGGAGAGAUGGAAUGGUUUGGGAAAAUGCGCUUAAAGCUCUGGGCUUCUAAGAUUUGAGCUUUCAGUUGUUUCCAGGGGUAGAAUCGGAAGUGGUCCGUGGGAAGGGUUCCUUUGAUUUUGUGGGAAUUUUUCUUACGCGCCCUUAGUUUUACAAGUUUCAGGAGCCCACAUCAGCAUGCAUUUAAAGUGAUGUCUUCUGUGGACUACUCCUAAGUAUUGAUCUCUUGGAGAAAGGUCUUAGAAAUCAGAAGGCUUGAGAUAUCUGAGCUUACAGAGAGCUGAACUACUGCCCGUAGUGGGAACACGAGAGGAUGACGGAAAACUUUGGUCACAAAUCCUGACCGACAUCUUGACCACUGUCACCGCUUGAGAAGAAUAGUUUCUUUCAGUACCGCAGCGUGUCGUCUCGAGAAAGAUGUGCCUCGUGGGAAGAACGUUCCUUAAUUCCUCAAUAGCAUUCUCUCCAAAUCAGAUGUGAAAACCCAUGUUGUAGAAGAGCUGCCUUUACUGAGCAGGAGUGGCUAGUCCACUUCUUGCGUGCACACCGUUGGCAUUGUUUUGGAUUUCUGUGUUUGUAUCUAUGUGUGUGUGUGCUUUUGAAAUUCUACUUAACGUUGCAUUUACCAGGGAAGCUCCUCUAGGUCCUCCGACACCCUUGUCUUCUGUAGGUGAGCCGGGCCAGACUUCUCAAGCUCCCGAUGAGCCUGUGACCCCCUCGAGGUGACCUCAUUUCAGUAACUGUCAGCCUUGAAGAAUGGGAACCCCUAUAACAAGAACACUAAUUUAUUAUUUAAGUCUUUGAUUCUUUAAAAUCAGCCCUCGGCAAGUGUCGGCCGAAGUUCUGGAAUUUCUAAUAAAAUAUAUUGAGACUGAAGUUGGUCAGGUCUCAAUAACGUUGCACUGGGAAUUUUCCGCUUAAAGGUUUGGGUUUCCCAUUGACGACUUCACCACCGACGCUUUCCCACUUAUAGCCGGUCCAAAGCUUCUUUUGGUUUGAAGCCUGGGGAAGAUGUUUCUCUGAACAAAUUAUUAUUUAUCCCAGUGGAGUAUGGCAGUCCUUUAAAGAAACGUGAGUCUGUAACAGACUUUUCUCGGACUAGGUUCGUUUGACCCCAGUGGGAAGGCGAGUUAUAAAUGGCUCUUGCCUAGCUGUCUGUACGAUAAGAUGGAAAAGGCAGGAAUGACCUGGUGUGUGCAGAUAAUAAGGAGAAGCAAUAGAACUGUGAGUGAAAUCUCCAGCCAAACAUAUCCGUGUGUUAGUUUGAUGGUAUUUUUCUCUGGGUUAAAGAAUAAAGCACAGCACUUACCGUCUGCCAUUUGGACUAUUUCUUUGUGAUCGGGGUUAUAUUGUAUCACAGUGCAGAGUAUGUAUUCCAAAUUGAUCAUUGAUUUUUUUAAUGUUAUUAUGCGGUUUUCCCACUUUUAAAUAUUUUAACGUGAAGACAGUGUCAGAUUCAGUUUCGUGAAAGAAUGUUUUCCAGAACUCAUAGUACCCCCUUAUUUACCAAAAGUGAGAUUUUUGCAUGAAGAUCCUAAGAAUAACAUUCAGCGUAAUAGUCAACUGUAAGUGAAAUCAGUCUACGAAUUGUAUUUAAUAUAUGGAAUUUGUCUGUACAUAUGCCUGUACUUCUCCCAGCUCUGUGUCGUUUGGUAGAAUAUUAAAUAUGGGAUGUGGGUGAUGCGAAUUAUUGCUUCUCAGGAAAGAGGCAUCAUGCUUUGAAUAUUAUGAAAAUAAAACUUGAAGCUGUA